AUGCAAUUAAGUUCACUUCAAACUUGGCAUUGGCCAGAAGAUGGAGUUCCAGCAGAGCCAAGAAAAGCUAUAAAUGGAAAAAUUCGUUUCUAUUUAGAUGGAGAGAUUCUGACUAGUCUUUUUCUUCAAUAUAUUGGAAUCAAAUGGUCAAUAGAAUUCAAAGCAGCUCUCUUACAAUUCCGAAGUUCUCGAGCAUGGGUUCUACCUCCUUCGAAUCUCAGUAAAGUAGACUUGGCACGAUCAGAAAUAUUUCUUAAUAGUACGAAUUUUCCUGCUUCAAUUGAGCAAAGACGACGAACGUUUCAACAAUCCCAUUAUUUUAUGUGUCAAUUACCAAAUAGUGUUGAUUGUUUCAACAAUUAUGAUGAUGUUGACGAAGAUGAUGAAAGUAUGGCAACCAUCAAUAAAGAACGUCGACAACGAUCAGGACGUUAUCCAGAAGAUCAACUUCGUUUUGAUACUCCUGUUGAACUUAAACAAUCUCUUUUACAUAUCGUAUGUACUGACGUACUUCUCAAUCGAGCUUUGCAUAAUCAGUGUACUGUCGUUCGAACAGACUUGGAAUGGUUUGGUCCUUCUCUUGCUCAUCAAUCGAUCUUGACAAUUCUAACAUUCUUUGGUGUUUCUCAUCCUGAUCUUCAGUUUAUCGAAGCCUUUCUCGCUUGUCCUUUAAAGUUUACUGGUUCGAUGAACAGUUAUUUGGCCGAUCCAACUGCAUACAAAUCGACACCAGCGGAUUCUCCAUGCAUUCGAAAACGUGGAACACCUGUUGCACAUUCUCUCAGUGUCUUCUGUGGUGAAGCUGUACUUUUUGUCAUGGAUUAUGCAGUCAAUCGAAAAACGAAUGGUAUCUUUCUAUAUCGUAUUCAUGAUGAUUUCUGGUUUCUCGAUUCACAAUCUACUCGUUGUGCUCAAGCAUGGAAGACUAUGAAUGAUUUUGCCGACUUAGCUGGAUUAAAGUUCAAUCAAAUGAAGACAGGAUCAGUCCAUGUUGGUGAGAAAGAUCAAUUGCAUGCUGAUUUACCACAAGGUGAUAUACAUUGGGGUCUUUUAAAAAUGGAUGCAACUUCAGGAGGCAAAUUUGUCAUUGAUCUAGCUAUGGUAGACGAACAUGUCGUUGAAAUGCAACGGCAACUCACUGCAACGAAUUCGAUAUUUGCAUGGGUACAAGCUUAUAAUAAAUACAUGACAUUUUUUAUUCGAAAUUUUGGCAGUGGUGCCAAAGUCUAUGGCCGAGCACAUAUUGAUGGUGUUAUUGAUGCUUUGGUUAGAAUUCAUAAUAAACUGUUCCCGAACACGAAAGGAAAUAUUGUCAUGGCACUUGCCGCAAGAUUAGAAGAGAAUUUUGGAGUUACAAACAUUCCUGUAGGAUGGUAUUUCUGGCCGACUGCUGCGGGUGGACUGCAAGUGAAAGAUUUCUUUGUUGAACUAUUGGCCAUACGUGAAGAUCUACUGGAGGAUCCCGAAUGGAUCCUAGAACUUGCAAAGACAUGGGAACGGGAUGAUUAUGAAAAUGCCAAACGAUUAUGGGAAGAUGGAACGACGUUCAAUCAAGUCAUACAACAACAGCAAUAUGUGGUACAAAUUUCGGCUACGGAUCCUUUCUUUAGCUUCGAAGAGUUUAUUAAAUGUCGAGAGGAACGUUCAAUGAGAUGGGUGAAUGCUUUUGAUACUCUUCUUACACGACCGAUACCAGUUCAUUUGAACAGUACGCCAGAAACUAUGGCUGCUCUCUCGAUUAUUGGUGAUGGAAUAGAAGCUUUUGCAUCUUCAGUAUCUGAGACUUGGCAAGGACUAACCUAUUAUUGGAAAUGGCUUAUUAGUUUACAUCAUGAAGAAAUGAUCAAGAAGUAUGGAAGUCUUCUCAUCGUCGAACCAACAUCUAUUCCAGUUGGUAUGGUCGCAGUAUUUAGAAACUCACGCACAAGAUGGGAACAAUAA